GGGAGGGAAUGAAACGCUCGCUUAUAGGGGGAUCCUUGGCAUAAAUCUCUCAAGUUCAAUAGUUUCAAAAAACUUGAGCUCCUUGCAACCCCCCACUCUUCCCUCAUCCCACCUAAUCCCGGCUAAUACCUUUCUUUCUAUUGGCUAAUGGCUGAGGGGAGCCUGGGUAAAUGCUUCUUAAAUAGUCGUGGGUGAGAAUGGUUUCGGAGAAUUUAUUCGUGCCACGACAAAGAGCACUGGUGUGCGAGGGGUUAAGGCCCAAACUGGACUAGGAAAUACUGGACUACUCUGCUCACCAGGUUCGGACUUCUGUGCGUAAAAGCGCACGUGGAUCUCACUCUCCGGUUUUGCAGAUUCAAUAUGAACUCCUUGAAUUUCUGCGGGCCGUCCAGCGGUGGUGUGUAUCCCCUCCACGGUGUUAACUCCAUGCUGUUCGACCUGCACCACCAGAUGGCGGAGCAGUACCACGUCUACUCUGCAGCCAGCCCUGCAGUGCACACUCUCUCUGUGGCUGAGAGACUGGCAGAGCUUAUCCUGGAGGCUCGGUAUGGCAACCAGCAGAAGCAGCGCCGGAGCCGAACAGCCUUCACCGUGUCACAGCUGCAAGCUCUGGAGAAAGCCUUCCAGCAGACUCAGUACCCAGAUGUCGGCAUGAGAGAGAGGCUAGCUGUAUGCAUCAACCUACCUGAGGCUCGCAUCCAGGUAUGGUUCAAGAACAGGAGGGCAAAGUUUCGUAAAGGUCAGAGAUGCUCCCCACUCUCAAGAGACCACAGUCUUGAGGAGUUACCACAUCGCAGCACCAUGGGACAGGAGGAAGUCAGGGCAAAAGACAAACAGGACAUCACCACAUCACAUGUUGACAGAAACAUCCCUCCUCUUCAUUGCUGUCCCCCUCCUCCUCUUCCUCCUCCUUAUGUGGCUGAAACAAAGGAUGUUUGCCCACCUCUUGCUCCUUCAGACUCUGAUGUUUCAUGGUGCCCCCUCCGCCUUCACUCUCCUCCACUUUUCCCCUUCAUGACGGGGGAGCGCUACGGCAACCAGCCUCACCAGCCGGUUGUAGGAGUGCUGUCCACCGAGCUUGCCUUUCCCCCUAUUUACUGGCCCAUCAUACAGCAGCACAGCUCCACCCUGGGGGUUCGUCCAUCAUCAGUUACUAAAAACUGUAGGCUCUCCCUUUAGACUGCUUGUUCCCGAAAGCUGUGCCUCACCCGGGGCUGUAACUGUAGACCUGUACAGACAGUCGGAGAUAUCUGCUCCUUGUGGACUCAGGUACAUCUGAAGCAACCCUGUGUUGGAAAAAAACAAGAUGGUGAAGCACUUAUUACCUUGUAAACCUGAUUCUGACAGACAGAAUAUGAAUUUUUAUUAUAGCUUUAUUGAAUGCCUGUCUGUCUGAAGGGAUGUAAUGAUAAACUGUCAUAUAUUUUCAAGUCUAAUUUGGGUCUGCUCUAAUUAACAUCCUACAGGUUGCCAGUGGUGUGAGUUUGCUUGAGGGAGGCUGUUUUUUUAAUCCAUCACAAGCAGUGUAAACGCCAUAUUAAGCUGGCCACACUGCCAAGGAGCUAUACAGUAAUAAUGAGGGUAAACACAUUUGAGUGAAGU